CACAGUCUCGCUUUUGUUAGGGUGGGGUUGUGACAAAUCUUGGUAUCAGAGCAAAGGUUAAGAAGUCCUGUAGACUUUAGGGGUAAACUAGGCUAAGGCCCUCUCUCUAAAGUAUGCCAAGCUCCGCAGCAGGUUCAAAUGGUAUUUCUUAUUGCAUGAUAUGAAUUUUGUAAAGAGAUUUCAAGUUAUGUAUGCUACUUUGUAUGAGUUCUUGCUAAUGCUAUUGUUAUCCAUGUUCUAGUAUGGCAACACAACACAAUAACAAUAAACGUCGAGGGCGGCCCAAUGUCCGUAAUCCUGAAGAUCAACAAGAAUCUCCUAGAGAUUCUGAAAACCUCGUUGAUGCGGCAACUCGCCUUAUAGAGGUUUUCACUAGUGGGCAAUCCGCCAUGCAAGUACAAGUCCCACAUCUGACUGCUUUUGAUCACUUCUGCAAACAGCAUCCUCCGUUGUUUGAUGGCAAGGGUACGGAAUUAGAUGCAGAUAAUUGGUUAGAGCGCUUGGAGAAAAUUUUCAGUGUAAUCAGCUGUACUGAGGAACAAAAGGUAGAAUUUGCAGCAUAUAACUUGGCUGAUGUGGCCAAUGGGUGGUGGAAGGCCACUCGCGGAUUUAUUCAGCAGGAAUUGGGCGAAGCUAUCCCUAUAUCAUGGGAUAAAUUUAAAGAGGCAUUUAAUGACCGGUUCUUUCCUGUAUCCAUUCGAGAGGCCAAGGCCCGAGAGUUUGCUGACUUGAAACAAGGGACAAUGACAGUGAGACAGUAUGCAUCAAAAUUUGUGGAGUUGUCGAGAUUUGCCCCACACUUGGUCCACACUGAGGCAUUGAAGGCCGAGAAGUUUGAGCGAGGCCUAAACCCCAGAAUUAUGGACUCCCUUCUUGCAUUGAAGAUUAGAAAGUUCGCGGACUUGGAAGAUAGAGCAGUGAUACUUGAGGAGAAUUUACGAGUCCGGGCAGGGGAAUUCAGUCAAAGGAAGAGGCCAUUUUAUGCCAUGGAGCAAAAUAAGGGCAAGACACCUAUGUACAGCCCGAUGCCCAAGCCAAUCCAAGUGGUCAAACCUCCCCAACGUGGUACAACAGCGCCUCACCCCGCAUGCCAAAACUGUGGCAAACGUCAUGCUGGGAAGUGCCUUAUGGGGACUAACAUCUGCUUUAAAUGUGGUAAGAUAGGUCAUUUGGCACGGGAGUGUACAAUGCUUGUGGCCCCUAAUACUCAAGUGCAGAAUCAAGGGCAGAAGAAUCCAGCACCGGCUCGAGUUUUCGCGUUAACAUUUGAUGAUGCUGAUACUUCUCCUAAUGUGGUAACAGGUACAGACGAAUCUACUGAGGAGCUGAGUAUUACUGAGGAGGGAGAGGCCGAUGUUUAGUAGUCCCUG